CUGAAAGCACCCGAGAGGCUGAAGCAGAGGAGAGAGCGGCAAGAGAGAGCCAGGGCUGCCAGGGAGGAAGCGGCGCGGUGCGAGGGGACACCUGUAUAGUGACGCAUGGCGACCGGUCUCUGACAAUAAACAACACCAUGAAGCUGCUUUGCUCAUGUGGCUGAGGUGACUGGACGGGACGAUGGGCGGGGCCUUGGCACCCGCGCUGGCCAAGACGGCGCCUCCCGAUUGGUCCUUGGGUUGCCAGGGGCCAAGACGGCGCGUCCCGAUUGGUCUAUGGGUUGCCUGGCAACGCUGGCGGCGGUGGAGGCCGGCGGUAGACAUGUCGGCGCGGACGCUGCCGCUGCUGUUCCUGAACCUGGGCGGGGAGAUGCUCUAUAUCCUGGACCAGCGGCUCCGCGCACAGAGCAUCCCCGGAGAGAAGGCCCGCAAAGAUGAAUGGACAGAUGUGGACAGGAAACGAGUUAUGAAUGACAUCAUCACAACCAUGUUCAAUAAAAAAUUUAUGGAAGAGCUGUUUAAACCGCAGGAACUCUAUUCCAAGAAAGCGCUGCGAACGGUGUACGACCGGCUAGCUCACGCGUCCAUCAUGAGGCUGAACCAGGCGAGCAUGGACAAGCUGUAUGACCUUAUGACCAUGGCUUUCAAAUACCAAGUGCUGCUGUGCCCGCGGCCCAAAGACAUUCUGCUGGUCACAUUCAACCACCUGGACACGAUCAAGGAUUUUGUACAUGAAUCUCCUGGCAUUCUGAACCAGGUGGAUGAAACUUUCCGACAGCUGAUUGACACGUACGGUGGUCUCUCUGCGGGUGAACUUCAGCUCAUCAGGCAAACACUCCUCAUUUUUUUUCAGGACAUGCACAUAAGGGUCUCCAUCUUUCUGAAGGACAAAGUGCAAAAUUCUAACGGUCGCUUUGUGCUGCCAAUAUCGGGCCCUGUUCCCUGGGGUACAGAAGUUCCAGGACUCAUCAGGAUGUUUAAUCGCAAUGGAGAGGAAGUUAAAAGAACCGAGUUCACCACUGAUGGAAAUUACGUUACUCUGCAAAGGGAAGGAUCUUUUGAUCUUUAUGGUGACAGAGUCCUCAAACUUGGAACAAAUAUGUACAGCGUUAGUCGGCCAGUAGAGACACACAUGGCGGGAUCAUCCAAAAACACGGCAUCCCAUGCAAAGGAGAGCACAGUCCCCAGCCCUCUGGCCAAAGAAGAACUGAACUUCUUGGCGAGGCUGCUGGGAGGGCUGGACAUCAAGAAACCUGGAGGCAGCGAGACAGGAUUCCGCCUGAAUUUGUUCACAACCGACGAGGAGGAAGAACAUGCUGCUUUGACUAGACCAGAGGAGUUAUCGUACAAGGUUAUCAACAUCGAAGCCGUGCAGGAGCCGGGCCGGCGGGCCGAGCUCUCCCGCAUCUUGGGGGAGCUGGAGGUGGCGGAGCCGCGCCCGGAGAGCGCCGGGAAGGGCGAGGACCUGCUGGCGCUGAUGGACGCGCUCUGAGCCACGGGAAAGGCUGCGCGGAGCCCGGCGGGGACGGACCGGGACGUGGCGGGGCCGGCAGGGCGGGCGCAGUGCGCGGCCGGAGCGGAGCGAGGCGGGCGGGCGCAGAGCGCAGGCGGAGCGGAGCGGGCGGGCGCAGAGCG